AACUUUGGCGGUUUAUAAAAUUGCCCAAAGAAAAGGCAUUUGAGCAAAGGGGUAAAAAUAAAACAAAACAAUUUAAGUGUUUUCAAAAAAUCAACAAACUCAUAUAUGCAGCUAUAUAUAUAUAAAAAUAAUAAAAAACAUUAAUUUAUUUCUUACUAUAUAAUUAUUGUUGUACUAAGUCAGUGAGAAAAAAACCAUAAAAGAAAAAUUCACACGAAAACUAAAACAAAAUGCAUAUUUAUUAAAAAUAAGCAAAGGUUGUGCAAAAAAACACAUUAAAAAGCAACAUUAUUAUUGUAAAAAUUAACUAAAUACGGCAAUUGUUAUUAAAUGUGCAAAAUUCAGCAAAACACAUUGAUACAAACCUCAGAAAACACAAGCCAAGAUCUGAAAACGGAUGUCAACUGGAAUGACAAAUUUUGAAAAAAUAAAGAAAGAUGAACCGAUCACCGAUCAAACGGAAACAAAACACUCAACAACAAGAAGUACAAAAUGUUAAAUAUGUAUCCAUAAUUUACAAUUACGUUUUAUAUUAUUUAAUUUAAACGCUUACUCAACGGAAAAUAGCUAACUAUUAUUACAAUCGUCCUCACACACAAUAAAACUAGCUCAAAGGCGAAAUUAUUACUUUAGCUAAAAUAAAAUUCACCUUUUGCUAUUUUUCUUUCCUUUAUUAUUUCACAUCGAAAUAAACAAAAUGGUUAAAAUAGCCGCAUAUACUCAUAUUAAAUUGAAAAGAAAUGUGUCAUUACAGAAAUGGAAAAAUGAAAAUAGUAAUAUAAAUGAUAUAUUUAUUCAUAUAAAUGUAUUUGAAAAUGUGAACAAAAAAGAAUACCAACAAUAAAACACAAUUUAAUAAACAAUGUGAAAGAUUCGAGUCUGCGAUUCUUUGAUAUAUUUAUAAGCAUUAUAGCAGGCUUAUUAUAAAAUACAAAACAGGAAAACACUAUCAAAAUGGACGAGCUAAUGAGGCAAAAAUUGCCAGCUGAUGACAAUAAUGAGAAGCAGGAACUAACCUGCAGUGUGUUGUUUACAAACCCAAAGUUCAAUCCCCAGAAACCUUGCUCUGGCGAUGAAUUGAACUCGGUGACGCGGCUGGUUUCCAAAACCGAAGAUCUCGAACUGGAUCGGGUCUUUAACGGAUUUUCAAAGGACGGUUCGACAAGGUCUCUGAAUCGAUCUCUCUUCGAAUUUGGUCAUAAUUUCGAGGAUGUUGAGGGCUGGCUAAAAAUGGAGCAGCCGCCAAAGGAUCACCUCGGAUCGGUCCUUCGCUAUAUGAUACAAAAUCAUCUGAAGACCACUGUGCAAAUAGAUAUCAACAAAAUGUACUUUAACUGUCACUUCAUUGUUCUCCAGGUCUACUCCCGAUUCUUCAGCGAGCUGAAGCAGAUUCCCCUGCUGGUGACUCUUCCCGAGGAUCUGGUCUCCCAGAAGGCCUUUAUGCUCAUCUACAAAUGGAUGCUGAGCGAUGACCCCGUCCUGGAUCGUCGCUAUAUUGUGGAGAUCUUUGUAGCAGCAACUUAUCUGAGGAUUGGCGAUCUGCAGGCCCAUUGUUGGCAGUAUUUCGAUGAUCCGCAAUACUAUGACGAGGAUUCGGCUUGUAUGCUGUAUGUAGAAACGCACUACCAUCCCGCCUUGGAUGUGGUUCGUAAUGUGAUGCUGACCAGAAUCAACAAGUUUUUGCUUACCUUUGUGGCUACAAAAGAUUUUUUGGACUUGCCCUUAUCCCACUUGAUGUUCUUGCUCAGUUCCGAUAGAAUCUGUGUAAAUACGGAGAUUGAGGUAUUUUUUAUAGUUGUUCGAUGGCUGGGUCACGAUUGGAGCAAGAGAAGUGCGCAUGCGCAGCGCCUAGUGACCUGUAUUCGGUUCUCUCUGAUGCCGCUGUGGUAUCUUCUAUAUGUGCGGCGCGAGGAAGUACACCAGUUGGUAAAGGAACUGAUUUCCCUACCGGAAGUGGACCAUGAAAUCAACGAAUCCAUUUCGAAAAUUACGUCGCGAAUGUAUGAAGAAAAAAUUGCUGCCAUGGAGGGCAAUGACACCCUGGCUGAGGAAUACAUCACAGAAUCAAAACCUCAGCCCCAUCGCACCUGGAUAUACGAUUUAAAGUGCAGCUAUUACCACUGUGUGGGUUGCCCCAAUACCCGUGAAAUCCGUUUCAGUCACUUUGAGGAUUACCUAACCGAACUACAGCAGUGUUCUCUAGAUCACUGGUCUAAAGUGGAGUUUGUGGAUCCUUAUACAAAAACAAAUUGUUGUUGCCCAAAGAAGAAAAUAAUGGAAUAUUCAUUAUCAGACACGAGUAAUUGA